CCCACUCUGUCUGUGGGCGGGGGGGGGGAGGAGGAGGAGGUGACCCGGGAGCACCGAUGGGCAGCCCGCUUCCUGCCAUUGGUGGAGCCCGCGUGGGGUUAUUCUGUGGAAGUCCGUCUGAAGCCAUUAAUAACACUCGACGGCUUCCAAAACUCUCCCCGCAGCUGCGUGACUCCUUUCCAGUCCGCGUGUCCCGCCUCGCGCAGGACCCCCUUUGCCCGCAGGUGAAGAAAGACCAGGUCCAGGAGCUGUUGAUGCACGCGCGUCAACACCUGCUUUACGAACUUGUGGCACGAUCCAGCAGGGUUACUAUAGUAAAUAGCCAGGUCAGUGAGUGAGUGAUCAGCGAUUUCCUCCCAGCGGAGCGGUUCCGAUCUACAGCGGCCAUGUUCGACCUGGAGGGGGGCUGGAGCAUCUCCUUCGCAGGCUGUGGCUUCCUGGGGGUCUACCACAUCGGCGUGGCGAGCUGUCUGCUCGAACGAGCCCCCUACCUGGUGGAAGGAGCCUCCAAGAUCUACGGGGCUUCGGCCGGGGCGCUCACCGCCGCGAUGCUCACCACGCACGCCUCCGUCGACAGGUGCUGUGAUGACGUGCUCAUUCUGGCUCGCGAAGCCCGGCGUCGCACCCUGGGCCCGCUGCAUCCUAGCUUCCAGUGCAUGAAGGUGAUCCGAAUGGGCCUGGAGCGCGACAUGCCAACCGACGCCCAUCUCCACGCUUCUGGCCGCCUCUGCGUGUCCCUCACGCGGGUGUCCGAUGGCGAGAACGUGCUAGUUUCCCAAUUUGACAACAGGGAGGAGCUCAUCCAGGCUCUGAUCUGCAGCUGCUUUGUUCCAAUGUACUGUGGUCUCAUUCCUCCUGCCCUGAAAGGAGUGCGAUAUGUGGACGGAGGGAUGAGUGACAAUUUACCCAGGUACAAGAUGAGGAAUACCAUCACAGUCUCACCAUUCUCUGGCGAAAGUGACAUCUGCCCCAAGGACUCUUCUUCCAACUUCCACGAGCUGCGUGUCACCAACACCAGCAUCCAGAUGAACAUGGCCAACAUGUACCGGCUGAGCAGGGCUCUGUUUCCUCCUGAACCCCAGAUAUUGGCAGAGAUGUGUCAAAAUGGAUACAAGGAUGCACUGCGGUUCCUCAAACAGAACAACCUCCUGAGGGUAGCUCGCCCAUAUGCAAGCCUCCGUGUUACGGAGACCACGCACACAGCAACUGUCUGCUGCUGCUUUUCUGUGGCGAAGACCGACGAAUCGCUGGCUGGGGAAUCCGUUGCCCCAGAGAGCACCAAGGCAUGGGUGUUGCGGAGGCUCCGUCACUUAAGAAAGCAGCACUGGUGCCGUGACGAGCAGCUUGUCAACUGCCUGCCGCCCCUGCUAAGACGAGUAUUCAUGGAGGCCUGCCGGGAGAAGCAUAGCCUCUAUGCCCAGGUGACUGACAUGCUGGCAAUGCGUGUGGUCUCCUAUGUACUGCUUCCUUGCACGCUGCCUGUCGAGUCGGCAUACUCUGUUACCCGGAGGUUUUUGGACUGGAUGCCAGAUGUGUCCGAGGAUAUGAACUGGCUACGUGGUGUAGCUGGAAACGUAUAUCAACAGCUAUGGAAAGGAAGCAAGGCUUCCCUGCGGAAAUGCGUGAGCAUGCCUGCGGCCCUGAACGUCACCCUGCUGCAGUUGCACAAAGAGCAGGAUGGACACCGAUGUGUCUCCUCCACAGACCUCCACAGUUACUGCUUGGAUCCACUCAGUGCUCUUACCCGAGCACUGACUCCCUGACCAGGAGCUGGAACCCCAGCAGACUGGCUGCUAAGUACGGUCCAAGGACGCAAGCCUUAGAACCACUGCUGAGUGGACAACUCUAACUUGGGAACACUGAGCCACAUAUCGAUACCUCUGCUGCGAUUGGGAUGGCACCGGAGAAUAAAAGUUUGACUGUUUUUCCAGUCAGAAGCUGUAGGUGUCAGAGUGUUCGUAUCACUCCACCAAACCUGGACCCAAACAAAAAGAAAAAGUAUUUGUUUUUUUUGAAUUUAUUACGUCACUCCAGCACAACAUGCCGAAGAUACAGUAAAGAGAUGCAAUGAAUCCGAAAAACUGUUUCACUAAUUACUGAUUUCGUUAAUAACCUCUCUAAAGGCAUACCUGAAGUAUCUUGUUCACAUUUGCUGCUGGUAGGCAGAAAUUCCUGUAUUGUCUGAAUUGUAGGAGAUCACUGUCAGAGCCUCACAAUACUUUAAAAUGAGACUUAUUCUGGUCAUGUGGUUGCUGACAAAUCAAAAAAAAAAUCACAGCAGAGGGGGAGAGUACUGCUCCACCAGAUUUAUUUCAUGAGGCCGGGGACUCUUUCUGCACAUUCAUAGGAGCCUACAGAGAGAUCCAACUUGCAGAAGUUCCUUUUGCGCUUAUACUUUGUUAGCCACGCACACAUCAGCAUUAUAUAACUUGACAGACUAUCAUGACCCAUCAAUAACCUUCUUCCCUAUAAAGCAGAAUUCACUCCAAGAAGAAGUAAA